CUAACAGGGAAACACAGCAAAAUGAAGCACAGCCUGGCCAAGGCGCUCUACGACAACAAGGCCGAGUGCUCGGACGAGCUGGCGUUCCGCCGAGGGGACAUCGUGACGGUGCUGGAGCAGCACGUGCCGGGCAGCGAGGGCUGGUGGCGGUGCUCCCUGCACGGCCACCACGGCCUGGCCCCCGCCAACCGCCUGCAGCUCCUGCCGCCCUCCGCCCAGCCGCCAGCCGCACACGGCAUCUACCAGGUGCCCUCCGUGCCCUCCGUGCCCUCCGUGCCCUCCGUGCCCAAGGCCACGGCGCUGUCCAACACCUACGAGAAGAUGGAGGGCUGGGUCCAGCCCCAGGCGCUCCCUGCCCAGGCCGUGUACCAGGUGCCGGCCCUGGCGGCGCAGCUGCUCAGCGAGAGGACCAAGCGCUCCACGCACCAGCACCUGUUCACCCUCCCCAGAGCCUGCCGGGCCUCAGCCCCAAACAUCAGGGCUGAGGUGUACGAUGUCCCCUCCUCGCAGCACCGCGGGUCCCUGCUCCCACAGAGUGGUGCCACUCCCCCCAGCACACGGAAGGGCUCCGUGCUGGGCAGAUCCACUGAGAGCUUCCAGGCAGAGCAGAAGCAGCUUUACAACAUCCCAUCCAAGCCAGAAAAAGGAGGAGCUGGCAGCCAGGACUCACCAGCAGGCAAUUUAUAUGAUGUCCCUCCUAAAAGAGAAGGCGACGACUCAGAAAAUAAAUCUCAGAAGAAAUGCUGGGGCCAUUACAACACUUUGCCAAACCCUCGGAAGUCCGAAUGGAUUUACGAUAUUCCAGUAUCCCCUGAAAACUCUGGGUUCAAACCCAAGCCUGCUGGCCAGUCUGUGGAGAAGCAGGUGCUGUAUGACAUUCCUCCAGCCAGGUACAAGGUCCAAGGCCCAACCAGCGAAGCCAAGGCUGGAAAUCCACAGCUGUACGACAUUCCACCGCCCCAGCGGAAAUUACCGCUUCCAGAAAUUCCCCUUUAUGACGUUCCACCCUCACGGGACGUGCUCCUCCCGCCACAGAACGGCAGCUCUGAGCUGCCCCCGAGGCUCCUGGCUGCCAAGGCUGAGAAUCAGAUCUCUGAGGAGAAUGUUUAUGAUAUUCCCAAAGGUUUGCCCAGUGCUGGGCACUCCAAGAUGGAAAAGAACAGCGAUGGCUCCAGAGACCAAGCACACGGUGCUUCUCCACAGCUCUCUAUGGAUGCCAAGUCAGAAAAUGAGAGUUUGUGUGUCUCCAGUGUGGACAGCAGAAGCAGCACUCUCUCCUCAUCCUCCAGCUCUUCUGCUGAGUCGUCUUCAACGCUGUCACCAUCACCAGAGCUUGUCCAAGAAAUCAAACUGGAGCUGGAAGCAGCCAUUGAGGCCCUGACUCGGCUGCAGCACGGCGUGUCCAGCUCCGUCGCCAGUUUAAUGAUCUUUGUGAGCAGCAAGUGGAGACUGCAGGAGCACCUGGAGAAAAGCCUGGAGGAGAUCCACAGAGCAGUGGACCACAUAAAGGUGUCACUGGGAGAGUUCCUGGCCUUUGCUCAAGCCCUGAAGGGAAACGCCUCCAACCUCACGGAUAACAACCUGCAGGCCAGAAUUAAAAAACAGCUGGAAAUCCUCAUGAACUCCUACAAAAUAUUGACAGAAACCAGGGAAGCUCUCAACAGCUGCAGCUGGUCCCUGGAGGCUUUGGUGCUCAGGAAGCCCCAGAACAACCCUGACGACCUGGAUCGCUUCGUUAUGGUGGCCAGGACAAUUCCAGAUGAUAUCAAGAGGUUUGUGUCCAUCAUCAUCGCCAACGGGAAGCUGCUUUUCAGGAAGAACGAGAAGGAGCAAGAAAAGAAGCAACCAAAAGUGAACCUGGAAUGCAAAAUGGCAAAACAAAUCCCAGUGCCGAGAAGAGUAGAUAUUGAGAAAUCCAGAGAAAUCCAGAGAAAUGCGCCUGAGAAAUCCAGCCAAAGCCGGGUGCCUGUGGAGAAAGCAGAAGAAAAUUGCACUGAGGAUUGUGAUUAUGUCCAGUUACAGGUUUUGCCACGUGCAAAAAAGACUGAAAAUCCCAGCAGGCAGCAGCCUGCCAGGAAAUUCCCCCUGCCAGAGCACUGCAGGCUGUGCUUCGCCGCCCUGCACAAGGCCAUCGGCGUGUUCACCGCCAGCCUCAGCAGUCAGCAGCCCCCCGAAAUCUUCAUCUCCCACAGCAAGCUCAUCAUCAUGGUGGGGCAGAGGCUGGUGGAUUCCCUGUGCCAGGAGAGCCAGGACAGGGAGGCUCGGAGUGACGUCCUGCAGAGCAGCAGCCGCUUCUGCAGCCUCCUCAAGAACCUGGCGCUGGCCACCAAGAGCGCGGCGCUCCGGUUCCCCGACGCCGAGGCCAGCCGGGAGCUGCGGGAGCAGGCCGAGCAGCUGGCCCAGUACACCCAGCAGUUCCGGGCCACGAUGGACUGA